AACCCUUUUCUUUUGAACAUCAUUGCAGAAUUGAUGCUUACAUGUCCACGGAAAUUAAAAAUGCAAAUGUUCAGGUUUUCAUUCUUUCCUGCUUUCAUAACCUAGAAGUAAAUGCAUCCAUUUGACAGUUACAAAAUAGUGAUUCUGCGUUUGUGUGCACUGGGGGAUUGUUUUGUAUCAGUUCCCCUAAACUCGUUUGCCUGGCUGGAACUGACAAACACAGAAAACAGAGCUCAGCGAUCGCAGCUUCGGCCAAGAUCUCCUUGUGUGUGUGUGUAUUAUCAUGAGAAUCCAAGACAAACUCCUCGGGAGGUCUCCACCAGUGAAGGGUCAGCAGCAGCAGACACGAGGCCCAUAAUGGUUUGGGGUUAAAGGUUAACUUAAACCUCAUUAUGAGCAGCCCCCCACCCGGCUCAACUUCCUGAAUUUGUUCGUCAUUCACCCCAUGCAACGUCUGUGAUCAACACAUGAACUCCGGAGUUGUGAAACAACUGGAACCUUGGAGCAGCGCCCCUUUCACUGUUCCUCAUCCUGUGCCUUCCUUUUUUUUUCUCCUUUCCCCUGACUGUCCCCCCUCCUCCCCCCUGCCACCCCCCCCCCCCCCAACUCUGAGCUCCUCCUAUGCUGAAAAGACACAUUUCCUGAUGUCAUUACUAAAUCAAAAUGCUGCUCGGCAAACAGAUGUUGUGAGAGGCCCAACAUGUGGCUUCAGUGACAUGAAUUAACAAGUUGGUCAUGAGAAAACAUGAACUGUGAAUUUCAUUUUUCACUCAUUCAAUGAAACCUCCUCUCUCACACAGCUCUUUUAAGUGGUGAGUGGUGACAGUGAGAAAGUACCUUACAGAUGUAGCACACUUAUGAACUCCGUAUGACAUGAAAAACAAAAGUUUCCCACAGUUGUGGUGGAAAUCUGAGAAUUCCUUCUUCACUAUGUGUAAAGAUAGUUUGGCUUUGAAACAGCUGGUCAGCUCUGACUAAUAACUUCUUCAAGGUUUGGUCAAAUUAACCUAAAUAUGAAAUCAUGGCUGUCUGCACAGCAUACCCUGCAGAGUCAUGAUUACAUCCACCCAAAACGCUAAGCCCUAAAUGUUUACUUAUGUUUCCUAUUUGGCAGAGGCAGCCCAAAAGGCAAAUAAAUCACAUGCUGUGAGCUGGCCAGGCCUUCGACUGUGAGAAACUGAGACUAAAAAGCAGAACAAGAGUUAAAGAGUAAAGGGUUUUCAGAUGUGAGUCCAGCCCAGCUUGGGUGUGCUCCCUUUUAUUUGGGAGAAUGGAGAGGACAAUCUUUGUUGCCUCCACCCCUUUAAAAAAGGAAGAAAAUCCAAAAGAAACGUGUGUUGGAGAGGGGAAGAGCUGCUGCCAAGGCGCUGGGCCGUCAGACAGAUCUUCAUAGAACAUCUGCUAGCCGCGGGUAACACUGUUUGGACAUCUGGUAACCGAAGGUUACACUGCGUCGCUUCCAUCCAGUCGGGUUUCCUGUUAUGCCUUGCUGUACACAGUCUAAGAAGUUCAGGUUUUUUAUACAUGGUCAUCGCUUGGGGGAAACGCACCUUUCUUCAUUUUUUCUGACAUGAAGGGAGUGCUUGGUUUCAUUGGGGUAUUCCUCUCCUUUCUCUCCGAUGCCACUUAUGGAAAGUCUACCAUGUCACUUGGUUGUGGGAAUAAUACUCAUAUGUGUGUUGAGUAUUGCAGUAUCUGUCAUGAGUUUUCCUCUGUACCAUUAAUGGAGUGCCUUUCCAUGCUAUUUGAUCAUCUGUGCCUCUCACGUUUUGAGGAAGAAAUGACAUCACUACGCACCGACUGGUGCACUUGGAGUAACGUGAGCGGUUUGUAUAGUAACCUGAGCACUUGCUCAGAGGAGAUAUCCGACUGUCUCCUGAUCCCAUGGCCCAACCCUCUGGUGGAGCAGAUCUUUGUGGACAUUCACUCCAAGUACUUCAAGGAUUGUCCAUCAGAGGAGCUGAGCGACCCACCGCCAGUCAUUAUCUUUGCCCUGGUGAUAACUCCCAUCUGCCUGAUCCCUGUCAUGGUUAGCCUGGUGGUGCUCAAGACCAAGAAUGGGGAUGGCAGCUCAUAAAAAUCCUGAAUCUCUGCUCACAGUCAUCUGAUUUCUAACCUGCGCGCUCCCUCUCGUGUCCCAACCCGGCGAGGACUGUAGCUUGUUUACACAUCCACCGCAGCUUUCAUCUCACCCACUGACUUUGCAGAAGGACUGAAUAUUUCUUUUUACUGCGCUUCGCAACUCAGAUGGAUCCCGAGACAACAGCCAAAGAGGAAACUAGUCGAGAUAAAUGACACUGAUGCAGUGUGAAUGUCAUAACUGGUGGCAUCACAAUUAUACAGCUGUUGUUAACAUCUGAUGAAACUUACUGUGACAAAAUCUAUAUUUCGUAAUUACUGUACGUAUUGUGACAAAACCUUUACUCUCAACCUUCUGACUCGAGAUCUGAAUGUUCAAAUUUUUAGUCACAUUCAUCUUGCACACACUAUUCAGAAAACUGAGCUUGAUUCUUAGUGGAGAACUCAGUAUUCAGGGUUUAUGAUAACAAAAGCUUUGGAGCUUGCAAAAGUCAAGGUGAAACAUAUUUGUGAUGAUGCUGCUCAUUAUACUGGACAGCACUGACAAAAGACCAAGUGAUUUUUAUUGCUGACUUCCACUUCUUCAUCUUCUUCCUUUUCUUUCCUUCUUUUUUUUAACUCUGCUUUGAGCCACAAGUUAGACAAUGUACAGUUUGUAUGCAGAGGAGAACCUAAACUAAACUGGAUACAGGUAUUUUUCAAUUUGUGAUCUAUGAAAGGGGCAGAGGGAAAAUGAGUAUAGUCUGAUGCAUGGAUCUGGUUAUGUGAGUCAUGGCAUUUGUAAGGUUUCGGGGUCAGAGGUUACAGAUGGGCGACAACGAGUGGGUACGCCCAGCAAGAGAGAUCUCUUUCCUGGUAUUGUCUAUUUUUAAGCAGAAAAUCCUUCAGCACUUUCCACCGUCCAAACCCCGACAAUCCUCAUGAUCAUAUGAUGAGCUAAUUGGAGCAAAGUUUGUCUCACAGCUCCACCCAGUUGUGAAGUUGUGGCAAACGCUCUGACAAAGGGACAUUUCUAAGUGUCUGUGCAGUAUAGUGGCAAACACUGAGUGACGACAGGAAGAUUAGAGUGUUAUCUUUCUCCCGAGUCAUGAUGAUAUUGUUAUGUAUUGUUCAGUCUUGAAUGACGAUGAAGCCGUUGUAAGGGCUUUUGCAUCAAAAUGUGUAUUUAUAUACUGUGUAAUAUUUCUGCCGUUGUCAGGACUUACUGUGCGGUCUGAGAGAACACAUUCAGCCUGCUCUCACACCAUUUACUGUAUGUAUUUUGAUAUACUUUUAUUAUUUUAUACAAUUAAAUUUUAAAUUGGA